GACUGCGGCAGGGCGAGAUUUGAGACAAGAUGGCGGGCCGUUUCGAAGUUCAGUAAUUAUCUCAAGAAAAUUGCAGAAAAUUAGUGUCACAAAGAUAUAUACUUGAAAAAUGUUGGAAGGGAGAAUUACUUAAUUGUAUAAAGAAUCAAGCCAGUCAUUUGGAUAUUCCGUUCUAUGCAGGAAUCGAUCUUAGGCAGCUAAAAAGUUAUGGACCGCUACCAUGUCCUGGAGUGCAUCGGUGAAGGGUCAUUUGGGAAAGUAUACAAGGGGAGAAAGAAGUAUACUGGGCAGGUGGUAGCCUUGAAGUUCAUCCCCAAGGUGGGCCGUCCUGAGAAAGAGCUGCGGAACCUCCGGCGUGAGAUAGAGAUCAUGCAGCACCUCCACCACCCCAACAUCAUCGAGAUGCUCGACAGCUUUGAAACUCCAAAGGAGGUGGUAGCUGUCACAGAGUAUGCAGAGGGAGAGCUGUUCCAAAUCCUAGAGGAUGAUGGGAACUUACCAGAGGAACAAGUCCAGUCCAUUGCGAGUCAGCUCAUCUCAGCCCUGUACUACCUGCAUGCACACCGUAUCUUACACAGGGACAUGAAGCCUCAGAACAUUCUACUGGGGAAGGGAGGGGUGGUCAAACUCUGUGACUUUGGAUUUGCAAGAGCCAUGAGUAUCAACACACUUGUUCUGACUUCAAUAAAGGGCACACCACUGUACAUGUCUCCUGAACUUGUAGAAGAGAAGCCAUACGACCACAAUGCUGACUUAUGGGCUCUUGGCUGUAUCCUGUAUGAGUUGUUUGUGGGCCAACCCCCCUUCUACACAAAUAGUAUCUUCCAGCUUGUCAGUCUCAUCAUCAAGGAUCCCGUCAAGUGGCCCAAAAACAUGAGCCCUGAGUUCAAGAAUUUUCUGCAGGGACUCCUUGUAAAGGACCCCAAGAAGCGGCUGACCUGGCCUGCACUACUGCACCAUCCCUUUGUGAAGGAGGGAGUUGUUGUUCUUGAGGAAACCAAGAAGCUGACAGCUGCUGAGAUGCCCUUUACGGAGGAGCCUCCUCCCGAGGUGCAGGCUGCCAAGGCCAAGGCUGUGAAGGAGCAGACCAAAAAGACUGGACAGUCUAAGAUCCUCAGCAAGGCCAGGGAGAAACGCAGAGAGGAGAAGGCUAAACCUGUCUCUGACAAGCCUGAUGGGAAGGGAGAGGCCUGGUCCAAACAGCAGGGCCCUGAGAAGGGUGCAGGAAGCACUCCAACAAAGGCUCCACGUGUUACCCCUGCUAACCCUGCAUUGGGGGCAAAGGUGAAAGGUCAGCCAGCAGCAGAAGACGACUGGGAAACUGGUAGUAAAGGCAAACCUGUCACCCCAAGGGCAGACCGAAUCAGCCAUGACUAUGCCAGAGAGGAGGACAUCGCUGCACAGAAGGCUGCGGCAGCGGCCAAGGAGAAGGAAAAGAAGGCUAAGAAGAGCUUCGAGAAUGUCAACUUGGAGAGCGAGGAGCUGGACAGUGAUGAUGAGUGGCAGCAGUUCAUCGAGGCGACGGAGCCGUCCAACAUGCAGCUGACCGCGCCCAUGACUCUGCUGCAGGACGACAACUUCGCCUCCAGGAUCUCUGCACGGCUGCAGGCGUCUGGACAACAGGUGUUGGAAGGGAUGUUGGAGGGAGCGUCCAGACUCAGGCCUGUCCUCAGGGUCAUCUGUAACCUACUGGCCACUAAAUGUGACAAUGAGCUGCUGUAUAAGCUGUGUCAGCAGAUGGAGGUCCCCUCCUACACCCUCCACCUCACCAAACAGCUGCUGGAGAAAACAAACAUCAAGAAGCUUCCGUGGUGUCUUCAGAUCCUUGGUGACCUGGUCAGCCUUCUCACUGCAUACUUUUCCAGUGACUUCAACAUUUCAGAGAUCAAGGGGACAAAAAGUUUUGAGGUGUUUGAGAAAUCUGCUCUGUCAUUUGUGGAAAUCUUACCUCUGGUCAUCAAGGAACCCACUGACCAUGAUCUCAAGCUCAGGGAACAGGGACUGCUGUGCCUGAUGUUCCUGUGUGACUCCAUGGACCAUAACCAGACAGAUAUCCCCAAGCGGUUCUACAGCCGGUUAGUGGACCAGAACUGUGCGGUGCUGAACACCCUGGUGGCCAUGACCAGGAUAGAAGCAGGGCUACUCAGGAAACUAGAGAUUGUGCUGCCCAGCCCAGCAGAGGCCUCAGCACGGGUGGAGCAGAUGUUCACCAUGACAACAUCUGUCCUGGCCUCCAUGAUUCACAUUGGUGGUAAAGACAAUGGGAAGAAGAUGGUGGCCUCGUACAUCACAGACCAGUUGCUGAGCUCCCAUAAUGAGUACAUCCUGAAGGAACUGAUGGAGAGAAUCAUCGACCCAAACAACUGUGUCAGUGUCAUCAAGGUCCUGUACACCACCUCCCAGGUGUCCAGGAAGAUGUGUCGGCUGGUGACAUCCCAGGAGCAGCCCAUGGCAGCACUGCUGGCCAUCCUAGAAGGACAGGUGCCUCUGGAGGAGUCCGUUCUGCUGCAGGGGUUUGAGAUGACCCUACAGCUGCUGAGUGUCUUCCUGCUACAGCUGAAUAAGGUGCCCAAGGUGCUGGCAGAUGCAUCUGGUCUGAUUGUGGAUAUCUACGUCCAGUCACAGGUGCCCAGCCAUGGGAAAAGAAAACGUUAUCCAUCAAUAGAGGCUGCUGCUGCCCUCCUGUUGAGCCAGAUGAGUAACUUUGGUGUGGAGAUAGAGAUGCAGAUAGACGAGGUCCUCAUGGCCUGCAGACAUGUCCUUUCCGAACUCUCGGAGGUGACUGUGCCCUGUCCCCUGCAGCAUGUCGCUCUAGACCCUUGCGAUUGCCCCGGUGAUGUGUCUGUGGUACGGCUGUUUAUCGAGUGUGGCGUGUGGAACCUCCUGUGGCACCGUCUGGUCCAGGUGCUCCACAUCAACUCACAGACGGAGAUGGCCGUGUACGAUGUGGAGGGGGAGGAGAAGAUCCUGUCUCCACGACGACCGCCCCCUGAUUGGUCAGCCAUGUCCCCCUCAGGACUGAUGGUGAUGAUGCAGAUGGCCACCAUUGUGUUUACAAAGGAGCCCCACCAGUGUGUACCCCUCCUAGCCAGUGCAGACAGUGUGGUUGUGUUGUGUCUGGCCACUUUGCUCUCAGAUUUCUUCCUGGCUGAACUGGCACAAAGCCCUGGUGAUGAGGACUCCAGCCCCUCGGACAGGGUCAUUGACCUCAUCCUGCAGGUGACCCAGCUGUUCUGUUUCCCGUUUGCUGUGGACACUAACGACACCAUCCUCUCAGAAACACUCAGGUGCGUACGUGAGGUACAGCUGGUGCCGCAGCUGUUGUUGGUGUCCAGGCGCUACCUCAAGCUGCACUUACUGGAGAUGCCGAUAGGACUUGUGAGCAGGCUGAUUCUGGGCGACACUCAGCUCAUUCCACAGUUUGUCAUCAUGGUACAAAAUACAGAGUCCACAGGUUUUCUGGUUCAGCUGCUGUCAUCAGAGGCUCCUGUUUCAGUGACAGCUGAUGUGCUGUCUGUGUGCUGUCACAUCGCCAGGAACUCUGCUGAUCACAUGGACUUCAUGAAGACACUGCUCAUGGGACAGAAAGGUGACUACAGCACACUGCUAUCCCUCCUGACCCACACCUCCCCAGUGGUUCAGUCCAGAGCAUGCAGCCUUAUGGGUAAUCUUCUCAGGCACUCAGACGACUUCUACAAAGUGCUGAAGGCCAGGAAACAGUUAGUGGAACGACUGAUCACACUUCUUAAAGACAAUGACACAAACGUCAGAAAGUGUGCUUGCUUGGCUGUGGGGAAUGCAGCACAUCACAAUGGGACCCUGUACAGUGUACUGGGAACAGCUGUACCACAGUUAGUCAGUCUGUUGAACGACAAUCUGGCCAGGACCAGGGCAAAUGCUGCAGCUGCACUUGGUAACCUAUCCAGACAUUCCUCUUCACUCUGUGUACCACUCAUCAAGAACAAGGCUCCACACAGACUACUGGAAGCUGUCCUCCAUGACAACCAGGUCACAGUUCAGGAGUCGGCAGCCAUGUCCCUCAGGACCAUGUGUCACCGGCGGGAGCUGAAGGAGGUCCUCGUUUCUCUCAAGGCUCCAGACAAGCUGUCCUCCAUGGCACAGGGAGCGCGAACCUCCACCGUGUCCACCCCGGGGAGUCGGUACUCCGUCAGCUCUGGGAGUCACAGAAGUGCGAGCACCGUGGCUCAACACUGUCUCAAACUACAAAGACUUCUCACAUAGUUAUUAUAAACCUAUUCUCUAGCUAAAUCUCUUUUGCAUAUCAAUUCACAGCUAGGAUGUAAAACUCUCUCCAACAAAAUUUCUGCAGUGUCCGCACACCGGAUGGUUGAUCAAAAUCAUAUCCAGUUGCUUAAGUAACUGCUUUAUGGCAUAUCUUAUUACCUGGAUGUCUAACCUUCAUCGAUGUGACUACUAUUAAACCUAAUCUUACAAUACAUAUCACAUCUUUCAGUAUAUCAAAACCAAGGCAGCUAGAAAUCACCACUUGCACCUGAACUUUUCUCAAAUAAGAUUUGACCAGAAAAAUUGUGAAUACAUAUGUCAUACUUCUCAACAGAACAAUCUGUCAUUCAGUGAGUAAUGUUUUCUGAAGGUUUUGAGACUCAGAUUUCCGUCCAUUGUAGUAUUGUAUGAAAAUUAUUAUAUGAACUUCUUUACAUUCUGCUUUGAAGACAAUCACAGAGUUAUCAUACUACAUGUAAGUGGAAGCACCAGUGUGAUUAGUGUUGUAUUUUUGGGGUGCUAGCUUUGUAUGUAGUUAAGGCGUGAGUCACUGGCUAUGUCAAUGUUGUGGAAAAUGUUUGGUCAAGGAGCUUUUAUCAGUAAAAAAAUAAAAGCUCCUUGGUUUGGUGUUCUGAAUUCACGGAAAAUUUUUGUGUAAGUUAUUGCAUUGGAUGUGUACUUGCUGUAAAUAUUGGUCAAUACAUUCAAGAAAAAAUAAAAAAUUCAAGAACUUUGGUGAUAAGAUUGAAAAUUAAGAUAAAGAUUUUUGUUAGAAAAUUUA